AUUGUUUUCUGGCCUCUAAUGUGCUUUGGUCUCUCUCGGACCCCAGAAUGGCCACACCUGUGUUGCCUCCAGUCACCCAGUGACACUCACGGGACCUCUGUGCUAGACCAGCCUUCUUGACAACGUGGGCACACCCAGACCAGGAAAUGACCCAGCCCUUAAAUACUCAUUAGAAGGCUGAGAGUCCUGAGGAGCCCUUGCAUGUAGUGGAGCCAAAGGUUGUAUUGGCCAAGGGACAAGAGCAACUCUUUGAACAAAGGCCAGAUGAUGACAACCUCCUCGCCACCAUCUGAUCUGCCUUAUCUUCUUCACGGAAAACCUAAAGUCAGUAUGUUCACCCCAGGAAAGCUAAGACAGCCAGAAACCUAUAGUAUUCGUGAUGGUCUACAGAUGGUGUGGGUGCUGGAGGGAAAGUCUUUAAUCGCAGUGCCUUCUGACGACCCCAAUGUCAAACCUGUGACUAUUUUCUCAGUGCCAUGCAGAGACCCGAACAUCUCUAAUGAAAAAGGCAAUCCAAUAUACCUGGGAGUCCAGGAAGAUCUCUGUCUGUUCUGUGCAGAAAUUAAUGGCCAGCCUACCUUGCAGCUUAAGGAGCAAAACUUAAUGAAACUGUACAAGGAAAAGGAGGCGAAGAAGUCCUUUCUCUUUCUGCACAGUCCAGAGGGCUCCACCUCCUCCUUCGAGUCCGUCGCCUACCUGGGCUGGUUCAUAGCCACUUCCUCUCAGGCUAGACAGCCAGUCACCCUCACAAAGGAAAGGGGAAAAACUUACAACACCAACUUCUAUUUCAGAUCUUUGCAGCCUGGGCUGUGGUAGGCUGAUUCCGGGACAGAGAAUCUCUAGGUCCACCUCACACCUGUCAGAAUGGCUAUCAUCAACAAAUCAACAA